CCAUUCCUCAUUUGGAGUGUAGUGAGAAGCAGGGCUGGGCCUCCGGGUCACGUUCCCCGGUGGAUGGAUCUAGAGACUCGCACCUUUGCCGAGCGGCACUACCGGGGCCGAGUCCCUGGCUGUGACGGGCCCGCCCCCCGCAGUGUGACCUUCAUUCCGACGCCGGACGCCUUCUCCUAUGCCGACUUCGUGAAGGGCUUCUUGCUGCCUAACCUGCCCUGCGUGUUUUCCAGCGCCUUCACUGAGGGCUGGGGCAGCCGGCGACGCUGGGUGACAUCGGCGGGGAAGCCUGACUUCGAGUAUCUGCUGCGGAAGUAUGGAGACGUGGUUGUACCAGUUGCUAACUGCGGAGUGCGGGAAUACAAUGCAAACCCCAAGGAGCACAUGCCCUUCCGUGACUAUAUCAGUUACUGGAAGGAGUACAUCCAAGGAGGCUACUCCUCACCGCGCGGCUGCCUCUACCUCAAGGACUGGCACCUGUGCAGAGAUUCCUUGGUGGAUGACUUAGAAGAUAUAUUCACCCUGCCUGUGUACUUCUCAUCAGACUGGCUGAACGAGUUCUGGGACGUCCUCAAUGUGGAUGACUACCGCUUUGUCUAUGCUGGGCCCAAGGGCACCUGGUCUCCCUUCCAUGCGGACAUCUUCCGCUCCUUCAGCUGGUCAGUGAACAUCUGUGGAAGGAAGAAAUGGUUGUUCUUCCCGCCAGGGCAGGAGGAGGCCCUUCGGGACUGCCGUGGUAACCUGCCCUAUGAUGUGACUUCUGCCGAGCUCCUGGACACUCGCCUGUAUCCCAGGAUCCAGCACAGCAGCCUACCCCUUGAAGUCAUACAGGAGGCUGGUGAGAUGAUAUUUGUGCCCAGCGGGUGGCACCAUCAAGUAUACAAUCUGGAUGACACCAUCUCUAUCAACCACAACUGGGUCAAUGGCUGCAACCUGGCAAACAUGUGGCACUUCCUGCAGCAAGAACUCCAGGCAGUACAGCAGGAGAUCAGAGAAUGGAAGGACUCCAUGCCUGAUUGGCACCACCACUGUCAGGUCAUUAUGAAGUCCUGCACGGGGAUCAAUUUUGAAGAAUUUUACCAUUUCCUCAAGGUCAUUGCUGAGAAGAGGCUUCUCGUUCUGAAGCAAGGACUGAAGGGGGAUACAGGGGACAGCAUGAGCCUAGGGCUGGACCUGCAGCAGGCUGCAUUUGAUGUUGGCCGCCUUGCAGAUGUGCUGGCCUCUGUGGUUGCACAUACCGACUUUCAGAGAGUGGACACCAGUGCAUUCUCACCACAGCCAAAGGAGCUGCUUCAGCAGCUGAAGGACACCAUGGUUGCUGUGGAGGCCCUUUAGUACUAGUCUAUAGGA